GCUGAAAUUUGUUAAAUUCAACUAAUAUAAUUAUUUAAGUAGACAUAUUUGGGUAAAAGUCUAAAGUGAGCUGAUCGAAGGUGAAAAACGUGGGCUGGAUUAAAACGUUAUUUGACCAAGCGUUUACCUCCAGCCGAUUGAAUAAUACAUUCGGAUCCCUAAACUACCCUGCGCGUAUAUAUAUGACUUUCUUCGCGGCAAACGGCCCCAUCGUCAAUCCUUUCCUUCACCUAUGUCAAACAUCCCUUCACCACCAAAAUUCUUCACCUUGAUUCACUGCUGUGAGAUGUCGCCUAAGAAAGAAGAUGGAGGAUAUUUUAUUUGGUCCGAUGAAACGAUCGGAUUUUUUAAUGACAUAUGCAUUCAGUUCAUUCUUAAGAAUGGGAGGGGACAACAAUUUAGGUGGAAGGAGAUGCAAGCUUUGUUUGAGGAGAGAACAAAAAGGAAAUGUACUUUAAAAAGCUUGAAAAAUAAGUUUGAUUUUAUGAAAAAGGAAUGGCGAUUAUGGAAAUUAUUGAAGUGUGACGAGACUGGUUUGGGUUGGAAUGCAGCCACUGGCACACUGGAUUGUUCAGAUGAAUGGUGGGGUAAAAAAAUUAAGGUAUAUAUGGUACUUUGUACAAUUUAUUACCUUAGAAAUUAAACAUAUUAAAAUAUUUGACUUUUAAAGAAAGAAAAAAUCUACAGGAAAAGGCAAAAGUUAAGAAGUUUAGGCAUAAAGGAGUUUUGCCGCAUAUUGAAGAGCAAUGGGAUCAAAUAUAUGGGGACUCAGUAGCCACUGGAGUAGAAUGUGUGGCUCCAACGGCCACACUUUUGGAGAAUAACAAUCAAGAAAAUCACCAAGACACUGUCCCCUUGGAGGAUAACAAUGAUACUUACGAGGUAUUUAACAGAUAUAAUGCUGAACCAGACCUGGAAAACUUUUUUCAAGAUUUUAUGCAAGAUGCUAGUGGGAAUAUGCCUUCUGCUCCUACAAUUACCACUGUUGAAGAUGCAGGGACGGGUGCCACUAGUAAGAAGCACAAACUAAGGCAGUCUAAGGGAUAAGUGAAACUAAGUGAAAAUUUAGAGAGGGGGAAUACAUGUCUUCAAGCAAUUGAGCGCCUCUUGACUAAAAAGGAGAAGGUUGGUGAUGAUUGUGUUAGUGUUGGUGAUGUCAUGGUAAUUAUGACCAUAAUGGCUGAGAAUGGUGGGCUGGUGAGGAGUGGUGACUUAUGGUUUCACAGUAUUUGUGUUCUCGACAGUCCUAGUAGAAGACAAUUCUUCAUGAGUUUUAAAGAUGACGAUGAAAGGCUCAACUGGCUGAAGUUUAUGCACGCAAAAGGAAUAUUUUAAAUACAUUUAGUAUGCUAUUUCGACAUACACAUUUACAAUGUUAUGUCAUAAGUAACCUUUAGGAUACAAAUUUAUUUAUUUAGAUUGGAUAUUUGAUUUUAAUUUUUAUCUGUUGAGAUUCAGGGGAUUUUUUUUCUAAGAGCAGUAUGCUUAUAUUAUUAUUAUUAUUAUUAUUA